AUGCUUUUAAGUAGAAAAUAUAAAAAUAUUAAUAAUAAUAAUAAUAAUAAUAAUAAUAAUAAUAAUAACUAUAAUAAAAAUAAUAAAACUAAAAUUAAAUACACAUUAGAGGAUAUUUUAGUUGAUUUCAAUUCAUUAGAAGAUAAGUAUAUGUGUGAAAUUUGUGCCGAAUGUUUAUUUAAAGAUUUAAAUAAAAUAGAAGCAUUCCAAUGUAAAGAGGGUCAUGUUUUUUGUACGAGUUGUUGGACCCAAUCUUUAGCAAGAAAAAAAGAAUGUAUGGCUUGUAGAGCUCCAUGUGAUUUUAAAACUUUAUCAAAAAAUAUAUUACUUCAAAAAGAUUUUAGAGAAAAAAAAGUAUGUUGCCCAAAUAUUUAUAGAAAUGCUGGUGGAAAGAUUGUAAAGGAUGAAAAAUUUGGUUGUAAAAUGAUAUUUUCUUUUGAUGAAUUAGAAAGCCAUUUAAAAAACUGUCCAUAUGAAUUUAUAGAGUGUCCUUUUAAUAAAAGUAAUACCCCAAAAGAAUCAAAAUGUUACUGUAUUAUUAGAAAAAAUUCAAUUAAAAAACAUCAAGAAGUAUGCAGUAUAACCAUUGGUGUUUGCACAUAUUGUCAAGUUGAUUUCGGAAAAAAAGAGAUUUUAAAACAGCAUCAAGAUACAACUUGCCCAAAAUAUUUGGUUAAAUGCACUCAAGAAUGCAAAAAUGGUAAACCUGGUAACAAUAAUUUUGUUAUGGUCGAAAGAGGCAAUUUACAAAACCAUAUUAAAAACGAUUGUCCCAAAACUCAAAUCCAAUGCAAAUAUAUAGAUGGUGGCUGCACUGAAAUUUUUCAAAGAUGUGAUCAAGUAAAACAUUUAAAUGAUGUUAACCACUCUGUUUAUAUUCAAAAUAUAAGGGAUCAACAAUUUAAAGCAUCACAAGAAAUGGUAGCUAAGCUAACAAUAGAAAAUCAAGAACUUCAAAAAAAACUAGACCAAUAUUCAAUUAAAAUUAACCAGUUAGAACUAAAAUAUAAUAACACAAAUUCACUCUUAACCCAAAACAAAAAAGAUUUUGAAGAAUUUACUUAUUCCCAAACAUUUGCAAAUAAUAGAUUUUACAAUUAUAUAAAUGAGAAAGAGUCCAAAACAAUUCUUAAAGAGAAUAAAUAUAAAAAUAGAUGGGAACAUAGUUUUAAUCCUCUUUAUGAAAAAUUCGUAUCACCAGAAAUUAUUUUUGGUUAUAAUAAAUUUCUUAUUACAAUAACCAAAACUCAAAUUUCAAUUUCGUUAGCAUUAGGGUUAUUUAGUUCAUCUAGAAAUGUUAUGUUUACUAUAAAAUUGAAUGAUGACAUUGUACUUCAAUGCAAAUGUACUCGAUUCACCCAUACAGACUCAACUAGAAGAGCUAAUCUUCCAGUUGGUUUUCCCUAUCAAUAUUUAAAUAAUGGUAAAUUAACUUUUGAAAUUUCAAUAGAGAUUAUAGACGAACCACCAUUACAACCAUUAAAGAGUGUAUAA